AUAUGCCAGAAAUAAAAGGGCAGUUGCAUCACUAAUUGAACAAUUUCAAAAGGUAUAAUAAAAUCAUAAAACUAAUCCAGAUAACUCUAGGUGACGCACAUAGACUGCUGUUUUUUUUAUCUGAGGUGGUUACCCAAAUUGUGAAUGUUAUACAUUAUUUACACGGGAUUAAACAAUAAAAGAAAAUCAAUUACAUGUGCAAAUUGUGCCGGGUAAGCAAGUGAAAUAAUAAAUGUUUAAGCGUAGUAGCAUUGUUCAUAAAAUUUAGAAAUGUCAAUUGCCAAUAUACCUUAAUUAUUUUAUAUCCUAAUUGUGACAAAAUCGAACCCACGCACAUUGGCAAAUGUACAAAUAUAGAUAUGUACAUGCUUCGUAGAAUUCGCAUAUUGUACAUUUAGGUAUGUUAAUAUGUAAUGUAAUGUAAUUCAUUUAUGCUAUGUAUUGUACAUUUAUCGUUAUAACAAUGAAUUUUUAUGAAAUCUCACUAAUGCGUUUAGUGAGAUUUAAGCCUGUCUCAACUUGAGACACAUAACAUACAUACUUGAGCAAAAUCUAGUCUCAACUUUGUAAAUAUGGUAAAUGUGAGGGAAUGAAGCAGCUGGUCUUUGCAUUGUUUUGAAUGUUGUUUUCAUUCUUUAUCUAAAAAAAAUAACAUUCUGACCCUUUCAAAGUUAGCAGUUUUUGUCCCGUAAUUAACUCUAAACGAUGAGGUGUGUGAUUUGUACUACCGAGUGUAAAAACAAUACAAAUACGGUUGAUUUGUUGGAGGCACAGUUAUCCGUGAUUUACUUCAUCUCGGAAUUUAUUCAAGAUAGUCACUUCGACUUGGAGGAACUUCUCGUCCAGAACGGAAAUCCUUCCGAGUGGAUUGAAUUUUGUGACCCUUGCUCAAAAUGGGUGACGGAAGGAAGAAAGUUGUACAAACUUUCGAAAGAAUUGGAAGCCAAGUUGAAAGGUGUACAGGACAAGGUCGAAAAAACGGUCAGAAGGACAAGCCUCGUCGGUGGGGGUGGGAAUCACGAUUUAAUGGAUAAUGUACGAAAUGCAAUUCUGCAGUCAGGGGGUGUGCAGGAUAAAAAUUGCAGGUUAACAAGAACAAGACACGUAGUCAAAAGAGCCAUGUUGUCCCACACUGUUGAAAUUAAAGUUGAACCUAAAAUUGAUGAUUCCUGCUACAUUGAUGAUGAACUGGACAAUAAAAAUUUUAUGGAUAGUAUUGUCUACCCAGAAACUGACGCUGGUGCAGACAAUUGGAAGGCUCCCUUAGAUCAUCAUAAUGAUGAUUCAGAGUGGGGGAAAGAACUACGGGAUAAUCUAGAUAAUUUUGAAGACUACGAGGUAUCCGAUUUGCAAUCAGACAGCGAUGUGGAAUACAAACCAGAGACAACGAAGUCACUUAGGAAUAAUGGAAGAAAAUCCAUGAGGACACGACAGAAUGGACGAAUCUCCAAGAGCAAGCAGGAUAUUCGAACUAUGAGUCCAACCUCAGAAGAAUCGUCUCAAGAUAUUAGUGACAGUGAUGAGGAUAGAAGUAUGAUAAAAAAGAAACCCCUCUCCAAGAAAAAAACUGAUAACAAUUCGUCCCCCAAAGUUAAACGCUUAGGCACACCGCGUAAAUCACCAGCUUGGAUGAGAACAUGUCCGUACUGCAGCCGUGUUUUUGAUCGCCCAUCCGUCUUAACCAAACAUCUUUAUUCAAAACUUAACGUUAAUUGUAUUACAAAUAUGGAAGAGACUCAAGUAGAAAACGAGCAAGCAUUGUCCAUUUCGUGUCCUAUCUGCUCGAAAAAGUGUGACACGAAAGUUGUGUUUGCAAAACACUUCAAAUUUCAUACCUCAUCGAAUAAGUCAAAAGGUCGAACAGAUGUGGAUACACCAUCUUUAUGGUGUCGCAAAAAGGAAGAAUCCACUCACAUUUGUCCACACGCGGAAUGUAAUGGGAAAGCGUUUAGUUGUUCUUCCAAAUUAAAACACCAUUUAGUAUGUACACAUAAAGAAAUUAAUAAGACUGAAAUGCUCAAGUGUUCAUUUUGCCCAAAGACAUUUGCAACCAAGUCGUAUCUUAAGUACCAUGAAUUUAUUCACCUCCCACCCGAAGAAAAGGUGAAACAUAUUGCAAGUUUGAGAACAAAGGUGCCCGUGAAAGAUAAAACAUGCCCUGUGUGUCAUAUGGUCUUCUUGUCCGUUACGAAGAUGCGUGUUCAUUUGAAUAACAGGCAUGAAAAAAUUGUCCUACGCACCUGUGAAAUUUGUGGUAAAGGGUUCACCAGAAAAGACGGAUAUCUGGAUCAUUUAAAUUCGCAUUUGAAUACGGAGGAGAGAGAGAAAUUUAUGACUGGAGAAUCAAUUACAGUUCCAAUUGCUCUAGAAAUGCAAACUGAACAGGAAACAGUUACUCUUAAACUAGAAAAGGUGACAAAAUCCGUGGCUGUAUCAAAUAGAACAUGCCCAACAUGUGGAAAACUAUUCACAUCAAGAUCAAGAAUGAGUUUACACUUGAAAUCCGUUCAUGAAAAAAGCACAGCCGUUAUAUGUGAGGUGUGCGGGAUAUCAAUUGGCUGUAAGAAGACCCUCAAGAAUCAUAUGAAAUAUCACGAAAUGGAGCCUGGACUUAAGGAAUUUCUAUGCUCAGAUUGUGGGGUUGCGUUUAGACAUCGUUGGUCGCUCAGACGCCAUAAUCUUCUAACACAUAACGCCACAACGGAUUUAAGAAAGUUCCCAUGUCCCAUGUGCGAAAAAGCGUAUGCUUUCCAUAGUCUUCUCAAUCAGCAUCAAAAAGCAAGGGGACACUAUCUCCAAAGUUCUGAAGGAGAUGCAACUGGUCACUCGUCGUCUUCGAUUUAGUCGGUGAUGUUAAACAGAACAUUGUACAGCCAUCAAAUUUGUGACAGUCACUAUUUAGCAAAGUUCAGGGGAUGACAUCAUCGGAUUGGACUAGUUGACUAGGGUCGCGUGCACAUUUUUAAAAGGAUUUUAGGGUUGGUACGUGUUCACUACUGCAUACAUAAGUACAUACAUACAUUUGAACAAAUAGUUUAUGCAGUUAAAUAUGUGUUUGCAAAAUAUUAUCAACUUAUGAAAACAGUCAAGACAAUGAGUUUAUGAUUCAUUCAUACCCUGAACCUUACAAUGGUUUGUCUGAAUGUCAUAAAUGCCUUUUGUGUUAGCAUUUUUAUAGGAUGUUGAUAUUUGUACUUUAAAUUACUCACAAUUACAUAAAAACAAAUAAAUGCCAACAUGCUUGACAAACAACAUGAAAUCGAGUUAAAUAAGUAUCAAGCAAUUGUAAACCGAAUUUUUAACAUUUAUAACCUACUGGAAAAUUUAUAUUUGCAUUUACUUAAAUAAAAAUGAAACGCACCAUCAAAUUUGUUAAAUUUUAUCUUAUUAGUGUCCUACUAAUCAGUACAACUAUUAGCGGUAAGCUCAUAUCAAACUCAUUCAAACACAAAUAGAAACCAUGCAAUAUUUUAACUCUAUUACAAUUUAAUUAGCAUCCACUCUCAACCCAUGCCUACAACCGCUAGAGUUGGGCAGGACCUGCAACUUUGCCACAGUUAUGCAAUCCAUGAAACGCUCGUAUUAUUUUGACCAUGACAAAAACUGCUGUUCGCUCUUCUAUUACCUGGGAUGCGGAGGAAAUGGCAACAAUUUUUUCACUAGUGGUCGAUGUAUUAAAUCCUGCCUCAUGACAAAUGAUAACGGCGAUGCGUAUUACGACGACGACGACAUUGAUGCAACAGAGGAAAGUGAGAGGAUGAAGGCAGAUUGUCUACUCCCACCAGAAAUGGGACCUUGUCGAGCUCUUAUUCAAAUGUGGUAUUACGACCCUGGGACAGGGACUUGUAACAUGUUCAGUUACGGAGGAUGCCAAGGAAACGGGAACCGUUUCAAUGGGGUGGAAGAAUGUUCCGAUUACUGCAAGGGCGUAAAUAAUGUAACAAUCGCCACAAAUUAUUUUGGGGCAGAAACAAAACGGCCAAUGAAGAAAGGAAUGUGCUCGCUGUGAUUCUUAUCAGUGUGAGAAAAGUGAAUUUGGCAAGCCACACUCUUGAAUUCAAUCGCAUAACAAUUUGUUCAGUUAUCUCUGUGUAUGAUUAUGGAUGGUUCGGAUGAUUCAGACCUAUUUAUAUAUAAAUAUGAAUUACUUUACAAUUUUCCUUAUUAGAGUGGAUCUACUCUAUAUUCGACCUUCAAAUUUAAUUUAGAAUUUCGUAUGUAACCUGUAUUUCAUUACUUAAUUAAUUAUCAUUAAAAACUUGAAUUGCUGAGUCAGCAUGCUACUUAAGACUAA